ACCUCUCCGCUCCUCACCGCACCGCACCUCUCCGCUCCUCACCGCACGGCCGCCGCAUAACUGCGCUCCGCUGCGCCAGCCGGAGCCGGCCGCGGAGGCGGCGAGGAUGCUGCCCCUCAGCCGCGGGCGGCCCCGCCGCUGGCAGCACCCGCUGCUCCUCCUGUCAGCGCUGCUCUGGGCGCCGGCGGUGGUGGCUUUCAACCUGGACGAGGAGAAGCUGACCGUGUACAGCGGGCCCCCAGGCAGCUACUUCGGGUACUCCGUGGACUUCUACAUCCCCAACCCCAGCACGGUCAGUGUCCUGGUGGGAGCUCCCAAAGCCAACACCACGCAGCCAGACAUCGUGGAAGGAGGAGCGGUGUAUUACUGCUCCUGGCCCGCAGCCCGGUGCAGGCAGAUCCCCUUCGACAACACCAACAACAGGAAAAUUAAAGUCAAUGGCACCAGGGAACCUAUUGAAUUUAAGACAAAUCAGUGGUUUGGGGCAACAGUCAAAGCUCAUAAAGAGAAAGUUGUGGCUUGUGCUCCUUUGUAUCAUUGGAGAACCCUUAAAGACAGCCCUGAGAAGGACCCUGUUGGCACCUGCUAUGUAGCAAUUCAGAACUUCAGUGCCUAUGCUGAAUAUUCACCUUGUCGUAACAGCAAUGCAGAUCCUGAAGGACAAGGCUUUUGUCAAGCAGGUUUCAGCUUAGAUUUUUACAAGAAUGGAGACCUGAUAGUAGGCGGGCCCGGUAGUUUUUAUUGGCAAGGUCAGGUAAUUACUGCAAGCAUUGCGGACAUCAUUGCAAAUUAUUCCUUCAAGGAUAUUCUGAGGAAACUAGCACGAGAGAAGCAAACAGGAGUGGCCCCACCCUCAUAUGACGACAAUUACAUGGGUUACUCAGUGGCUGCCGGGGAAUUUACUGGGGAUUCUGAACAAGAGUUGGUUGCUGGAGUCCCAAGGGGAGCACAGAACUUUGGCUAUGUCUCAAUUAUUAAUUCUUCUGACUUGACCUUUAUCCAGAACUUCACUGGUGAGCAGAUGGCAUCCUAUUUUGGGUACACAGUUGCGGUAUCUGAUGUUAACAAUGAUGGUUUAGAUGAUAUCCUAGUUGGUGCCCCUCUUUUUAUGGAACGAGAAUUUGAGAGCAAGCCUAAAGAAGUUGGACAAGUUUAUCUGUACCUGCAAGAAAAUGCAUUCCUCUUCCAAGAUGCACAAAUUCUGACAGGCACUGAAGUGUUUGGUAGAUUUGGCAGUGCAAUCACACACCUUGGAGAUCUCAAUCAAGAUGGAUAUAAUGACAUUGCUAUUGGUGCACCAUUUGCAGGAGAAGACAGGAGAGGGAAAGUGCUCAUUUACAAUGGAUACAGUAAUGGGUUAAACCCUAACCCUUCCCAGGUUCUCAGUGGAGCCUGGGCCUCACAGUCCAUGCCUUCGGGAUUUGGCUUCACUCUAAGAGGAGACUCAGAUGUAGACAAGAAUGAUUACCCAGAUUUAAUUGUGGGUGCAUUUGGAGCUGGAAAAGCAGUUGUUUACAGAGCCAGACCUGUUGUGACAGUGAAUGCUCAUCUUAUUCUGAACCCCACGAUUGUGAAUCCAGACAAUAAAACCUGUCAGCUCCCCGGCCCUCAGCUUUUGGUAGCCUGCUUUACUGUAAGAGUCUGCGCAGACUUUGAAGGUCAAAGUAUUUCAGAUGAGAUAGUGCUGAAGGGUGAAUUGCAAUUAGAUUCAUUGAAACAGAAAGGAGCUGUUAAGAGGACCCUCUUCUUUGAUUACCAUCAGUCACAUCACUACUUCUCCAUUGUGAUAGAAAGACAGAAACAACUCCAUUGCCAGGACUUUCUUGUUUAUCUCAGAGAUGAAACAGAAUUUAGAGAUAAAUUAUCUCCCAUCAAUAUAAACUUCAAUUAUAGUUUGGAUGAGUCCAGUUUUGAAGAUAGUUUGACUGUGAAGCCAAUACUGAACUAUUACCAGAAAAACUCACUCGCAGAGCAGGCUUACAUUCUGGUUGACUGUGGGGAGGACAACUUAUGUAUUCCUGACUUGCAACUUUCUGCAGUGCCGGAUACAGAUCAGCUAAUAAUUGGAGAAGAAAACUGUGUCAUGCUCAUAAUAAAUCCAAGGAAUGAUGGGGAAGGAGCCUAUGAAGCUGAGCUACAUAUAAAGAUUCCGCCUGAAGCAGAUUACACUGGGGUUGAACGUAACAACAAGGCACUGCGUGUGUUGAGCUGUGAUUACAAGAUGGAAAAUGAAACUAGAAUGGUGGUUUGUGAUCUUGGGAACCCCAUGGUGGCUGGCGCAAACUUCUCCACAGGCAUUCGAUUUUCUGUUCAGCAUUUUGAAAAUUCAGAUUUCAGCAUAAAUUUUGAGCUGCAAAUAAAAAGUUCUAACAAGAUAAAUCCCACUAGCAACUUAGUGAACCUCCAUAUCAACAUCAGUGCUGUGGCUCAAGUACAGAUCAGAGGAGUGUCUCACCCCCCAACAAUUAUUUUGCCUCUUCACAACUGGGAGCCCAAAGAUGAACCUACAAAAGAAGAAGAAGUUGGUCCUUUAGUAGAACACAUCUAUGAGCUGCACAAUAUAGGACCAAGUGCCAUCAACAAUACAGUUCUCCAUGUUGGUUGGCCUGUGUCCAGUAGAGAGGAAUUUCUUCUUUAUAUCCUUCACAUUCAGACACACGGACCAUUGCACUGUCAAACAAGCUCUCCUAUUAAUACAAUGCAAAUAAAGUUUGCUGUUCCAGAAGACACUCCUGAACUUGCUGCUUUUUUAUAUAAUUCCACAAUUUCUCAUUACAUCAGGAGAAGGGAUGUCGCAGUGGCAGAACCUCACAGGAAAAACUCUGCGAAAAUAUUGAACUGUACAAAUGUGAAGUGUGUCUUAAUUUCAUGCACUGUGGGACAGCUGGAAAGAGGAAAGAGUGCAGCACUAAAAAUCAGGUCCCGGCUCUGGGCACAAACAUUCCUGGAGAGAAAGAAUGAUCUAUACAGUCUUUCUUCCAGUGUUUCCUUUGAAGUUAAGAGCAUGCCAUAUAAAGUGCAACCAGCAAAGCUCCCUGAGGGAAGCAUAGCAAUCAGAACAUCUGUCAUUUGGUCCACCCCAAAUGUCUCCUUUGAGAUCCCUUUAUGGGUUAUAAUACUAGCCAUACUUCUUGGACUACUAGUACUAGCUCUGCUGACCCUAGCUUUAUGGAAGUGUGGCUUCUUUGACAGAGCUAGACCUCCUCAAGAUGACAUGGCUGACAGGCAACAGCUGACAAAUAACAAGACUACUGAUGCAUAAAGGAAGAGAGUGACAGUUCAAGUAAGAAUCCUGCCUGAGAGACUAGAAACACAAUGAGGAUUAAAUGAAAGAUUCUUUCCAACCAGUCUUCCUUCGUACCUGCGAGUGACAUAGUGUCAAUCUGAUCUAUGCAAUGUUCUAAGAACAUGCCACAUGAUGGCCAUCCUUGCCAAAGAAAGUAACUUAUCGCUGCCUUAUAAACGUAUUUUCCACUGAACAGAAUGUUUAUCCCAGAUUCCAGUCAGUCUACGUUUCAGCAGAUGCUUCUGAGCAUGUGUGGUAUACUGAGAUGCUUCCAGAACAAGGUCAAAUCUCUCAAGGAGAGAAUGCCUUCAUUGCUGUAUUGUCUAGAAGAUGAAGCAGGACAAACCUUCUGAAUGCUACUGUAUCACGCAGAGUACCUUUGAAACCUCCCUAAGAACUUCUAUAAAUUAUGGCUCAGGGAGACAGGCAAUAUAUCAGUACUGUGAAAGUACUUCUGAAACACAAAGGUAGUCUAUAAAUAACUUUAUAGAUGGGGCACAAUUAUUUAUUUUUCCACCUUUUUGGAAUAAGUAUCUAUUAUAAUCAUCAACAUAGAUUUUGAGAGAAGGAAAAAAUAAUAGAAAUCACAUACUUACUUUGCAUGUAAAUAGAAGAGUAAAUGCAUUGUACCCCCAGAACACAACCUGCAUGGCUACGAGGUGUUUUGCAAAGCAGAAGAUUUACGGAACCCUUUACAAGAUGAGACAUAUUAUAAGCAAGUACAUGUUGUAUCUCUUUCAGCCCAGAGCUGGCAGUAUCACAGCCAGAUAACUAAAUCCAUGCACAGUAUAGAGCAGGGAUGAGUUACCCUGUCCUUGUUUUGCUGAUGGCUGGCAGCUGUACACUGACACAGGAUACAGACAUUUCUGAAACACUGUUUUAAAUUAUCACAGCCACACUGGUGAUACUAAAAAGGCUUGGUGGGUUUGGGGCUGGAGCAAAAUUUCAUGACCUUUGCCCUGUUACUUUGUUGAAACCCCCUCUUAAAAUGGAACAGCUACUGCCAUAAUUUUUCACCUAGAGAAAUCUUAAGAUGCUGGCAGCAUCUUAAAAGUAAUGCUUUUGGCAAAGUUUAGGGCUUAAUAUUUUUUUUUUUUAAGUCUUGCAGGAAAGGGUGACAGGAUUUGUAUUUAUGCAGAAAAAUAGGAUGCCAGCCAGCCAAGCAUGAACGAAAAGAAAGAAAGAGAUUUUGAGGUAAAGAGUAAAAAUAUGCACUUAGUAUUUUUUUUUUCUGGGUUUAGGAUUCCAAAGAAAGGAUGUUUCAUUCUUUCCCUUCUAUCAGCAAAUGGUCUUUAUCUCAACAGGGGCUCUAAGCCCUGAUCUGUGCAAAUUUUUAUGUGAAAGCUUGAGUCUUUCAGUGCUGCCUGUGAGUGUGAAAUUAGCAAUAUUGUGGAAACUUAAUGAGGGAUUGUUCAUUUUAUGAAACAAAAACACCACUUGCCUUCUCCUGAGUUCCUUUUCUUUCUAAUCCAUCUCACCUUCUCAACUGGUAAAUGGCCUCAUCCAUUCUGCCACUUUUUGGCUCCUUUUAAACACCUGACCUUCUGCUUUCUAACACUUCAAGAUAGGAGUAGUUACGAGACAUUGUCAGCUCUACCUGUCUGAGACGAGAUUUUACAAAUGUAUCAUUUAUUCUAUACAGACCAACCUGGGAUAUCCAAGCAGGAGCUGUGUUACAGCUUCAUAUCUAAGACAAAUUUAAGACCUUUAUGGAGUCUUUAGCUUAUCAAAUACAGUGUGCCCACAAGAGUUAGAGAGAAGGAGACAUGUGCCUCUGAAUGCACAUUGUUGUGAAGCCCCUGUGUGCUUCAUACAAGCAAGCACCUCUAUUUCCUAGGGAUGAGGAGGCCUGACAACUUCCCAGUCCCCCAGAAAAACAUUAACAGAUUCCUUCCCCCAGAUGGUUUUGAGCUGAUCCCUUGCAGAUUUGAGACAUCAGCUGAUAAAUACCAUCGCAAAGCAAGCCUGUCCCAUAUUUGCACACCUCUGUAUCCCAUACAUUCCAGGCGAAAACAUCCUUCCAUUAAGAAAAAAAAUGAGCUUCCAACUUUUGUAAAUAUUUAAUUGUUGUGUGUAGCAGCUUCAGAAAUAAUAUCAGCAGCUCAUUGUAAUCACAUCAUCUGCACAACUCUGAUGAAAUAGCACCAUAAGGAGAUACUGAACAUAGGACUUCUGUAAGUGCAAUAUUUUAUAUUACUUAUAUAACUGAAGCAUGUUUACACUGGCAUUUGUGGGGUUUUUUUUAAACUUUUGAAUAUACUGAUAACGAUUACAAUAAAGGAAAAAAGGAAUGGGGAAAAAACAGUAAAACAAA